UGUUAUACAUUUCCUGUUUACACCUGUAAAUUUAUAUUCUGAAUCAUCGUCACAUAUUAAUUUUGAUUUGUAACAACAUUUUAUCAUGUCAUUAACAAAAAACAUAACUAAUGAAGUAUGAUGGCUUCCGAAAACAGAAAAAUAACAGAAAUACAAGUCGAGGAUAUUCAGAAGAGACGACAUCCAAGUAAACACUAUGUUUAUGUCAUCAAAGUAAUCUGGUCGGAUGGAUCUAGACAUGUUAUAUACAGACGUUACAGUAGAUUUUUUGACUUUCAGCUUUCUCUGUUGGAGAAGUUUCCUAUAGAAGCUGGGACUAUUGAUCCCCAGAGAAGGAUUAUACCAUUUCUUCCAGGGAAAAUAUUUUUUGGUAGAAGUCAUAUAAGAGAAGUUGCCCUGAAAAGACAAGUACAGAUUAGUGAAUACUGUUCUGCAUUAAUAAGACUACCUCCACACAUAGCAGAGGAUGAAGAGUUGAUAGAUUUCUUUGACCUUGAACCUGAUGACCUCAACCCAAAUGAACUUGAGCAAAAACAAAAGCAGAAAGCGGAGACUAUUUCUGGUCCAACCUUAGCCGAACAAUAUAUUGUGAUAGCAGACUACAAGAAAGCAGAUAAAUGGGACUUAAAUCUAAAGGCUGGAAUGGUCUUAGAAGUUAUAGAGAAAAGUGACAGUGGUUGGUGGUUUGUUAAUGUUGAUGACAAACAAGGAUGGGUACCAAGUUCUUAUGUGGAAAGGAAAGAUGGACUCAGGGAAAAUACAGCAAUUAGAACUAAUUUAGGAGAAGAUGAACGGUACAUAAGUACAGAAAACUAUACCCCACAGAACUGUGAUGAGAUAACCCUAGAGAAAGGAGCUGUUGUAGAGGUUCUAGAGAAAAACUUGGAUGGUUGGUGGUUUGUCAGGUCUAAUGGUAAUGAAGGUAUAGCUCCGAGUACAUACCUAAUGAAAACAGAGAAAGCUCACAUAGAACGUGUAGCUCGUGCUUCAGGAGUACAAAUCAUUGGUAGUAUGAGUGAUGUCAGUGAUCUGUUGCAACAUUCCACUAAUUCUGAACCUGUGGCCGACAAAAGAGGCAGUGUCCAACAUAUCCUAAAGAAACAGAGAUCUUUAGAAAGAGGUGGAUCAUUACGACCUCCACCUAGGUUAAACUCUGUAAAUAAGGCAUCAGAUGAGGUGAUGAGGUCACUGAAGAAGACAGAAGACCACUAUGUUACAAUCUCAGAGUUUGAGGACAAUGUUGGAGACGGAAUAUCAUUUUUCACAGGAGAAAUUGUCCAGGUCUUGGAGAAGUCAGACAGUGGCUGGUGGUUUGUUAAGAUAGAUGGUAAAGAAGGAUGGGCUCCUGCUUCUUACAUAGGAAAGACACAUAUGAAUGGUAUUGAGGAGGAAGAAAAUGUGUAUCAUGACAUAGGAGAAGUUAAUGAAGACGCAGAUAAUAGUUAUAACGAGGAUUAUACUGAUGAUGAUAGUGAUGAUUAUGAAAUCCCUGAUCCUGUGAAAGAUGACAUUAAGCAUGAGGAAUCUGUAAAUAAUAAACUUAAUGAUAUAAAUACAGCAUUACAAAUGAGGAUUAAACCAUCAGAUCUUAGUAAUACAAGACAAGGAAUAUCAGAUAAAGGUGCUGUAAAAAGACCAAAUUCAAAACCCCCACCUCCACCAAUGGGCUUGAAACCUGUUGAUAUUGAUAUGGAUAAUGAAUUAUCAUCUCAAAAUAAUUUUAAAUCUCCGACUUCAAAUGGACCUCCUGUAACACCUCCUAAAAAGGGUAAGGACAAACCCAAUUUACCACUAAAAAAAGAUACAUCUGGAAGUGCUAAUUUUCAGUCUGUAUUGAAAGCGAAAAAUUCAUCUGACAAACCACCGCCACCGCCUCCAAAGAACAGUAAACCGGCUUCUCUGGGCACAGGUUUUAAGAAUAAUUCUUCAGAAGUUUCUGAACAAAAGAAAACUCCUGUUGCUGAACUGAAGGGUAAACUUGCAAAACAGUCAGAUGAAAAAAAGGGAGAUAACUUAUUAACUCCAGGACAGCAACGUUACAAAUAUACUGAUAUUGUUCCCAAGGAUCAAAGACAAUCUGCUUCUAAACAAGAAUCUCUUGUUGGAGUGUUAAAAUCUAAGUUUGGAAAAAGACAAGAUUCUUCUGAUGAUAGUAUAUCACCUGUAACAAGUCCUAAAUCUGACACUGGAACAAAGGGCUUCGUUCUACCCCCAAAGACAUUUCAUAAACAAGCAACACCUCCUAAAAAUGUGUCUCCAAUGUCACCAAAAAGACUUAAUCAUACUCGUGGAAAAGAUUUAACAAGACAGCAUGAGGAAGAAACAAGUGUAAAUAAAUCUAUGGGUGAAUUGAAAGCUAGAUUUGAAAAACAACACCCAGAGGUAUCCAAAAAACCUCCAUUAAAACCAAAAACAGUGAUGAACAUUUAUAAAAGUAACUCUAGUAUUAGUUCUGAAAGUUCAUCUUCAACAGUUGAUGACAAACCAAGUGUUAAAACAAGUGCAUUGAAAGCCAUGUUUGAACAUUCAAAUUCAGAACCAGUUACUAAACAGAAAGUUGUUGCUAAGACAAGUUCUGGUAGCAGUAAAGCAUCAGGAAUUGCUGCUAUGUUAAACUCUAAGUUUGAAAGUGAUAAACCAUUAUUAAAGCCACCUGUGCACUCUAAGUUUGAAAGUGAUAAACCAUUAUUUAAGCCACCUGUGCAAAGAUCAAACAAUUCAUCGUCAAAUCAACUUCCAUUGUGGUCAAAAUCAAAAGUGGAUCAAUCUAAACCACCACCAGUUAUCCCUCAUAAACCAUUAAAACCAAAAACAUCAAAUCCUCCACCUUUACCAGCUAAAUCCUCAAGUAGUAAUACAGAAAAGGUCAGACCUAAAUUAGCCGUACCACAAAAACCAUCUAAUGUGGAUAAAAAUCAUAAUGAAAUGGGAGAUAAACAAAGGGGAAUAACUGAAUUAUCAAAGAUACUAGCAAAUAAAAAUCAGUCUACUACAAGCCAGGAAGAAAGUGAGCCACCAACACCACCUCAAAAAGAUUACGAAAUUCUCUCUAAGUGUACAUCUCCUCAGUAUAAAACAUUAUGUGAUUACAUUGGGGAAAAUGAAGGAGAAGUUGGAUUCACAUCAGGAGAGAAUGUUGAAGUAUUGGAACAAACGGACGAAUGGUGGUUUAUAAAGGUACAUGGAGAAGAGGGUUGGGCUCCAGCAUCGUAUAUAGAACACUGCGAAGUGACAGCAUUUGAUGAUGUCUUUCAUCAACAGUAUCGAGCAGUUGUCGAAUUUUUUGCCGAUGCUGAGGGAGAAAUAAAUUUAAAUUAUGGUGACAUUUUGGAUGUUUUAGAAGAAACCGACACUGGAUGGUGGCUGGUUAGGAAUGGUAAAAUGGAAGGUUGGGCACCUUCUGAAUACAUGGAAAAGGUGUAAAAGUGUUGAUUUGCAUUGUAUUAUAGAUAUUGGCCAAUAUCUAAAUACAGAAUAUACUUUUCUUCAAUUUCUCAAUAAAAUGCAUUUAACUUUAUCACGAGUUUCUCAACAAAAAGUAUCAAUAUUUUAUUAAUAAUUAGAAAAUAUUGCAUUUACACUUAGUGUCAAAAUUGUUCAAAUGAAAAAACCUUGCCUUCCUACCCAAAUAUCUCUAAUUAAAGUUCUACAAAGUACAAACUCAAACUGUGAUAGAUUUGAAUACAUGUAUAUAUUUUUAUUUGUAUUUUAUCAUGACAUUAUAAUUCUUUUAUUUUCAAGCUGUUAGAGUCUUUUCAGAUAAAAGAGUAAUAUUUUCUUAGAUUGGAAAACACAAAUGAUACAGAGAGCUCUAGUUGAUCUGUUUUAUAGGUAGACCUCCGUCUGUUUAUAAGCACUAUUUUAUAAAAAAUUUGAUUUAAAUUUAUCUAAAUAAGAUGAAUUACUGUAAAUUCAGAAAUUAUUGCGAUGUUUUUAUUAUUGCGAAAAAUGCGACAGGGUUAUAAUCGCAAUAAUUUAAACUCGCAUUUUAAAAUUUUUUAUAUGAAUUAAACAGGAUUUUUCUCAAUAUUGCAAUAAAUUAAAAUCGCAUUUUAGUCUAAAAUGAGAAAAUCGCAAAAAUAAAUGUACGCAAUAAUUUCUGAAUUUACAGUAUAUAUUUGUUUUGUUUUAAUUUGUUUUUUGCAACAACCUGUAUGUAUGGAUAAUGUAGCUGCUACUAUUUUUAGACAUUUGGUGCAUAUUUAUGCCCCCGCAGUAGUGGAGGGGGCAUUAAGUUUUACCCUUGUCCGUCUGUAUGUCCGUACAUCCCAAAAUUGGUUUCCGUUCUCUAGCUUUAGUUUGCCUCUAUGAAAUGUUAGGAAACUUAUACAGAAUGUUUAUUUUUUUACCACAAAAUACAGAUCAAGUUUGAACUUGGGUGGCGUCACUUUUACCUUUCUAGAGUUAUGCCCCUUUAUGAAUGGAAAAUUGCUGAAUUUUUCAUUUCCGUUCUCUACUUUAAGUUUGCCUCAACCAAAUGUUAUGAAACUUAUACACAAUGCUAAUUAUCACAAAACUUAGGUAAAGUAUGAAUUUGGGUACUCACACUUUUACCAUUCUUGAGUUAUGUUCCUUUAUAAUGUUAUAUGCAAAAGUGGGGGGGGGGGGGAUCAUCUGUGUCCCAUGAACACAUUCCCCAUUUAUUUUUUUAUAAAACACAACUAGGAACAGAUGUUAAACCUAAGUAUUGUUAAGUUUGAAUUUAUUUUAUAAAGUUGACCAGUUGUUAAAAUAUUGAAUUGAUACAUAGUUGUAAAUCAAUUACUUAGUUAAACAUGUUAGUGAAAACAUUUUACAUUAUAAAUAAAUUCAGAAUGACAUAUCACCUUACCAUAUAUUAAUUAUAGAUCAUUAUAGCCCGCCACGAAGGAGGGGGUAUACUGGUUUUCAUCUGUCCAUCUGUAUGGCUGUGCAUCCCUGCCUCUGCCUAUCCAAGUGUAGAGUCCGUCUGCAGUGCCAUGACAUUUUUGUUGGUAUUUUCUCAGAAAGUUUCAGAAGAACUUCCUGAAAUUUGGAAGCAAGCUUCAUGUAAGCAUUGUAUACAGUGUGAUGCAUUUUCAUAUUCAUCUCUCAUCAACUUCCUGUGAACUGAAUACUUCUAUUAUAUAUAUUUUUACACACGAUGUCUAUGUAUGAAAUUCUCAUCUGAUUUUUCUUAAGAUCUAGGAAAAGGAGUUAUUAUAAUUUGGUUUCAAGCUUCAUGUGAGCAUGCUAAACUGUGUGAUGGAUUUUAACAUAGAUUUCACUGUCUUUUUCAUGUUUAUGACAGCUGAUUUUGCAUUUAAGCAACAACUGUAAAAUCAUAUAAAAAGUUAGGUAGUCAUUUUUUAGUUGUCAUAUUAAUGACAAAAUUAGGUUUCAUAUUCAUGAUAUUAUUGCAUCAAAAAUAUAUCCUGUAUCUACAAGAGUCAGAGCUCUCGUUCAAAUGAAACUUUAACUGAUAGUAUAUGCUACCCUCUUUUUAUAUAAAAAAAAAGACAUUGAUGUCUAAAACUAAAACUUAAUUAUGACAUAAUUUAAAAAACAAAAUGCUUUAGAUUUUAGUUUGAAUCUUUUUUCUUCUUUUUUUGCAAAAGAAAUAAACAACAACAAGAAACUGAAAUUAAGCAGAUGCACAAAUAUAUGAUUCAUAAUUAUGUGCAUUUGGAAAAUAGUUUUUUUUGUCCCCUGCGCAACGCGUUGUGGGAGACAUAGAAAUACCAGGCAUCCAUCUGUCUGUGCGUCCGUUGAUUCGGUCUUGUUAUCGCUUUCACAUGUACAAUUCAUGCCAGAUUUUUAUGAAACUUAUCAUAGGUUUAUAUCAGCGAGUUCGAAAAUCAGUGCCGAUCAAUUAUUUUUAAAAGAGUAAUGCCCCUUGGAAAAAUUAAUUAUAUGGAAAAUUGCAUUAUUAGUGCUCUCAUUUGUACAAUUCUUGCCACAUUUUUAUGAAACUUAUAUCAUAGAUUGAUAACAGCAAUGUCUUGGAUGAGUUUGAAAAUCAGUGCUGAUCAAUGAUUUUUAAAAGAGUUAUGCCCCUUGGAAACAUUAAUUAUAUGGAAAAUUGCAUUUUUAGUGCUCUCGUGUACAGUUUUUCCAGAUUUUUAUGAAAUUUAUAUUAUAGGUUUAUAUCAUCAAUGUCUUUGACGAAUUCGAAAAUCAGUGCUGAUCAAUUAUUUUUAAAAGAGUAAUGCCCCUUGGAAAUAUUAGUUUUAUGGAAAAUUGCAUUGUUAGUGCUCUCAUGUGUACAAUUCUUGGAAAUAUUAAUUAUAACAGAAAUCGCAUUGCAUUUGCUCUGAAGCCUUCAUUUCUCUAAGAUAUUUAUGAAAAGCUUUAAAGAACAAUAAAAGGUUUUUUUUUUUAAUAAAUUGCCCUUGUACCGUGGAUAGAUAAAAUAUGUGCAACACGGGGGACAUUGGAACACUGUUCUUUUAUUGUCCAUUGAGUUAGCAUUUUAUAACCACAACUGGGAAAUUUGAAAGUAUUAAAUAUUAAAGAGCAACAAACUCAAAAUAAUGGAAAAAUAUACUAAAAUGUCUUAAGAGAAAAUAUGUUUGCACUCUUGCUACAUACUAUUUUCUAGUUAUAAUAUCAGUUGAAUAGAUUGCUGUACAAGGUUCAUUUCUUAAGUUGUUGUUAAAUUUAACAUUUUUUAUAUGCAAUGAUAUGAAAACUUUGCUGAAGUACUUGAUUUUAGAAUAGUUUUCAUGGUUCUAAACAUCAUUUAAUGGUUUCUACAUCACAUCACUAAAUUGUCAUCUUGAAUUGUUGGUGAAACCUGAUUUUUUUAAAAGAAAGAAUUGCUCAAAACUUUUUUUUAAUUAUAAGUCAUGGCAUCAUCAAAUAAAAAUUCAUAAGUACAGCAAAAAUAAAGACAUACAUAUUUGAUAAUUUCUCUGAAAUGUUAGCCCCAGGCUAUAAAGAGGCAACAUGGUUUUCAAAACUUUAAAAAAAAUGAGACCAUAAUAGGUUUCAUCACCUGUGGUCCUGAAAUAUUUACCAGUUCCAACCAGAUUUUGUUUGCCAUAGCCAGAAGUUUUUGCAUUUAUGUUAUUUACAAAGUUAAUUGAUAUUGCUGUGUUAACAUUUUUAACUAUUAGGUUGUACAAAUAAAUUGGACAGAAUAUUCUGAUGUUAAUACACAUGUUACUGAAACUUAUGAGUGCCUAAGAUAUUAAACAAUAAACAAUAAAAAGAAAUAA